GUCUACUGAAGCCUGUCCACAUGAGCGGAGGCGGCGCCCUGCAGCAACGCACCACCUACCUCAUCUCCCUCACCCUGGUCAAGGUAGAGGCUGUGGAGGAGAAUGGAGGGGAGGCCAAGAGCAGCACCCAGGGGAAGGAGGUGGAGGCCGGGCAAGGAGAAAGGGCAGGAAGAGAGGAGGCCGCGGCGAGAGCGGAGGCAGGAGGUUACGCUCCUGCUCAGGCUGAGAACGGAGCCGGGGUUGUUCUAGGACAACCGCAAAAGGCUGAGGGUGCUGCUGUUGGGAAAGACAGGAAGUUGAUUGAGGAAGUCAAAGAUGAAGAGAGGAAGCCUCUCAGCCCGAUGAAGGAUAAAGUGCCCUCUGCGGUCGAUGUCCCGGGUAAAGGGAGUGAGAAGCCAACAGGCAGCCUCUCCAUACCUUUACCUGAGAGGGUGACCAAGUCUGUGGAGAUCGACUUCACACGAGUUGAGACAACGCUUACCACCCCAGAGGCGCAGCAAUGCAGGUCACCCUCGCUGACCAGAACACCUCCAUCAGAGGUGGUGGAGCCCAGCCGGACCCCGACCAGGACCAGCCUCCCCAUACGCCCGGUCGGGCAGCGGCCUGUGAGUCUUCUGAAGUCUCACAGCAACGUCGCCACCCGAGGGCGAGAAUCCAGAGAUGGUAGAGAGCGCAGCCCGACCUCGGCACAGAGCCUGGACCGCAAGGACUGUCGCAUGCAGACCCGCUCACCGGGCCCCUGUAGGGCCUCCUGGGCUGAGGCGAGCAGGCCCGAUGGAUGGAGGGACAUGCGGGAUGAAGCUCCAUCUGGAAUCCCUCUUGAGAUGGCCGCUGUGAUGAGAGACAUGCCCAGGAAAGAGAGACUAAAGUCCGGGUCGGCUUCCUUACCUGCGCCCGUGACUCAAGUCGGCAAACCAGGCCGCAAAGGUAAAAGCCGCACACUGGACAACAGCGACUUGAACAGCCUCUCUGAAGACCUGGGGCUGGCCCGGGAGGCUCAGCAGGCCCAACAGGGCCAAAGAGGCUCGGCUAAAGAUAGAAAGAUGCUAAAGUUCAUCAGUGGUAUUUUCACAAAGAGCAGUUCGGGGGCAGCAGGGUCAUCCUCCACAGCGCCCCCUGUCUACAUACAGAGAGACUCCAGCGAGGAGGAAGUAAAUAUUGCCAACAGCCAGGAGUGGACACUGGGCAGAGCCAUCCCAGAGCUCAGACUGGGCAUUCUGGGAAGUCUGAAAAGUGGCAAGUCAGCGCUGGUGAACAAAUACAUCACGGGCAGUUAUGUUGCACUCGAGAAGCCGGAUGGCGGCCGGUAUAAAAAGGAAGUGCUGGUGGACGGACAGAGUCAUCUAUUACUGAUCCGAGAGGAAUCCGGUCCACCUGAUGCACAGUUCAGCAGCUGGGUUGACGCAGUGAUCCUCGUCUUCAGUCUGGAGAACGAAGCCAGUUUUCAGGAGCUCUACCAGUUCUACAGCCAGCUGAACGCUCAGCGCACAGACAUCCCCGUCAUCGUGGUCGGCACCCAAGAUAAGAUCAGCAGCACCAACCCUCGUGUGAUCGAGGAUCAGAGAGCCCGACAGCUCUGCAUCGACGUGCGUCACUCUCUGUUUUACGAGACCUGUGCCACCUACGGGUUCAACGUGGACCGAGUCUUUUCAGAGGCCGCUCAGAAGAUUGUAGUUCAGAAGAAGCAGGCGGCGCUGCAGGCCUGCAAGUCUCUCCCCAACUCUCCCAGUCACUCCGGAGGAUCCACACCUGGAUCUGCAACGUUCCCCGGACAGGCCAGUAAUGGCCCGAGUAUCGGCUACGCCUACUCCCUCCCCUCCACUCCUGUGGUGGGCCACAGAGAGCUGCGGGUCGCUCAGGGAGAGGGGGUGAGCAGUGUCAACUCACGCUCGCUGAAGAACAUCCCCCGACGGCCCUCUCUCUUCAAGAACCGGGACUCAGACAAGAAGUCGGGUGAUGCUAAAGGAGACCUGAGCAGCACGCGCGGCGUUCCCAUCAAACAGAGCAUCCUGUGGAAGAGGAGUGGAAGCUCUCUGAAUAAGGAGUGGAAGAAGAAAUACGUCACCCUGUCCAACAACGGCACGCUGUCCUACCACUCCAGCUCCAGUGAUUACACACAGAACAUCCACGGGAAGGACAUCGACCUGCUGCGUGUGACGGUUAAAGUUCCUGGAAAGCGUCCUCCGAGAGCCGUCGCACCUGCGGGCCCCUCACCUGUCCCCCCCACCUCUGUACCUGGAGUCAACGGGCUGAGUAAAGAGCCGGCAGCUGCUGAUAACACCAGUACAGUUCCUCAGUUGUGUCCAGCGACCCUCUCUGUCGUGGACGACCGCUCGUCUGGAGGUUUGUCGCCUCAAGGAGGAGAUCGAGCUCUUCAGCGCUGUCCCUCCUCCUUAUCAACCAAAGCACAAAGUGUCGAUGCCCUCGAAGGGGCCGCCAGUCCUUUCUCUGGGAAAGACCCCGGCCAGGCAUCGCCCAUGAGCGAUAGGAAGAAGAACAGGAGGAAGAAGAGUAUGAAUCAGAAAGGAGACACGGCCGUCGGGCAGGCUGAAGAGGAGGAGAAUGCUGACUUCAUUAUCGUGUCGUUCACCGGGCAGUCGUGGCACUUUGAGGCCCAGAGUCAGGAGGACAGAGACUCGUGGGUGUCGGCGAUAGAGAGCCAGAUCCUGGCGAGUCUGCAGUCCUGUGAGAGCGGCAGAAACAAGGCUCGGCGGAGCAGCCAGAGCGAGGCCGUCGCCCUGCAGGCCAUCCGCAACGCCAAGGGCAACAGUCUGUGUGUGGACUGUGAAGCUCCAAAUCCAACCUGGGCCAGCCUUAACCUGGGCGCGCUGAUCUGCAUUGAGUGCUCAGGGAUCCAUCGAAACCUGGGGACUCACUUGUCUCGUGUGCGCUCUCUGGAUUUGGACGACUGGCCUGGGGAGCUCACACAGGUGCUGGCUGCCAUCGGAAACCACAUGGCCAACAGCAUCUGGGAGAGCUGCACCCAAGGCAGAACCAAACCCACGCCGAACGCAACCCGUGAGGAGAGGGAAUCCUGGAUACGUGCAAAGUACGAGCUGCGGGCGUUUGUGUCGGCUCUUCAGCCGGCCUCGGGGUCGCAGCAGUCAGAGGACGGCAUGCCGUUGUGGAUCCUGUCUGCGGUGACAGAGAGAGACCUGCCCAGACUGCUGCUGCUUCUAGCCCACAGCACCAAGGAUCAGAUCAACGCUCAAUCCACCGGGUCGAGUCCGUCGCCUCGCACCGCCCUGCACGCUGCGUGUCAGCUGGGAGACGCAGUCAUGACCCAGCUGCUCAUCUGGUACGGUAUUGAUGUGAAAGCGAAGGAUGACCAGGGGCAGACCGCUCUGAAGAUGGCCAGACAAACAGGAAGCAAAGGCUGCAUUGAUAUUCUGCUCCAACACGGCUGUCCCAACGACACGUCGUCCCCACCCACCGCCACGCCCGUCCUCUCCCGCCGCUCCAGCACCGCCAGCCUGGGCAGAACCAGCUCCAGGAAGCGGUAGCGAAGAUGCCGCAGAAAACCGGUGACGCCUGGAGGAUGUGCAUUAAAAUUUUACAACGCAGAUAAAGCCGACUCAAAGAAAGGAGACAGGACUAUAUUGUAGAAAUGUGGAUUUAAAAAAAAGUUUCUAAGACUGAGCAACAUAUCAAACAACUUUAAAAGCAAUAUUCACUGAAUUUGUUGAUGACAGACAUAUUGCUGAAAUACUGUGUUGUUGUUGACCUCAUUUUAAAAUGACUCAAGUAGAACUCUGUAGCUGUCUCCUGUAAUAGUAGAGCAGACACUCGACCUGCUGCAGUUUCACUUCCUCCAGAUGAAGUGCAAUAAUCCAGCUACGACGACGACGACGACGACAAAAAGCAACAAGUUUUAGUGCAACUGUGUCAGAUAUUAUGUAAUAAAGACCUCCAGAGGGUGCUGCUUUUAUUCCAAUUAGUUGUGACUGGACCAAAAACAGCAAUUCUUUUCUUGGGCUUUACAAAUAAAACCUUCAGUAUGUCAUGUUGUUUCUUGUGUGUGCCUGUCGCAGCAGUAUCAAGGUCAGUUCAGCCGAUAGAAACUGUUUUCCAUUGAAGAGUCAGCUGAGAUAAUUCUGCUUGGAUUAGAAAAAUGAAUGGUUUAAAACAUGAAACAUGUCAGUGUUACUCUCACAGGUCAAAGAUAUGACAUUUUAAUAUGAUGUAAAUGUAACUAUACUACAUACUUAGUGUUCAACUGUAACUACGACACGACGGAAACAUCAAAGACUCAAGUUUUGUAAAUGAUUUCUACUGGUAGUUUUGAAAAUAUGUCAAGUUUGUUUUUUUCAUUGUCUCAUGAUUUCUUAUUCUCUUUUGUCAUAAAACAGAAAACAAAUGCUUUGACGUGCGGAAACAUGAAGCGGGUUGUUGAAAGGUUUCUUUGAGAUGGCCGGACGACUGCAUCAAGUUACUCAUUUUACUGUUGUGUAGGUCUUUCACAUGAGUUUACAGUCAAGUGUGAAGAGGUGAAGGUGCCAUCGUUACUUCUGACACUUUGUGGGUCGUGUGAGUCCUUCAUGAGCUAAAAGACAUAGUUACUGGAACAAAUAAACUUUUUUUAAUUAGCAUUAUGA